AUGGCCCGGCGCAAGAAUCUGAUUCAGGAUGUUGCAAGAUUCUUUGCUCUUGCGUGGAAGGCGCCACAGGAAGUCGACCAAGCCUACCGCGAUUGCAUGGCUGAGACGUUCGAGAAGGAGCUGCAGAUCUUGCUUGUUACCCUGCCCGACCGGUUUCACCCGAUAACCCGCGCUACGCUAGCAUCCCUACCGGGCAUCAUGUCUCUUCCUAUGGUUCUCCUACAUAAAGACUUUGGCGACUGCAACAUCAUGGUGGAGGAAGAGUCGUGCCAUUUGGUUGGCGUCAUUGAUUGGGCUGAGGCGGAGAUUGCCCCCUUCGGCACAAACCUCCAUUCACUGCAGGAUCUGAUGAGUAAGUUGCACUUGAAGAAUGGCUGGAUCAGGUACGAGGACUACGAUGACUUGGCGCGCUUGUUUUGGCAAACCUUUAGCGAUAUGGUUGGCGGACUAGGCGAGAACACCACCAAGGCUAUCAAGGCGGCAAGGGUCCUAGGUCUGCUACGAUCUUGGGGCUUUACCACCCGGCAUGCGAAUAUGCCUAAGCCGGUACCAAUCAAGGAUGAUGACGGCGGGAGGUAUAGCAUGAUGAUACUUGACGGGCUGCUGUUGAACCCAACUACCCGAUUUGAGGGGCUUGAUGAACAACUCAGAUAG